UCAAGCCGCAGAAGAAGAAAAAGGGUCGGUAAGAUGGCGCCUUCCGUUCAUUGAGGGUGACAAAUACACGUUGAGACUGUUGUUGACUACAUAAUAGAUAUCUACGAAGGCAAUGUUAUUAAAACACAGCCUGAAAUCGACAGCGACGGCUGUACGAGCCUGGAGUGUCCCGUUAGCGGCGCGGCUACACGGUCACUGCAGCUCCAGGGGACAGCGCUAUGUUAACGUGCCCUGGCUGGCGACUCCAUCAGUUAAAAAUAAUGAAGCCCUCACAAGCCAGCCAGUGAGACAGUAUGCCCGAGCUGUACAAAAAAAGCCAGAAUUUCAGAGUCAGCUACAAGACCUGCCAUCGUCAAUGCUGAAACUUGAAUAUGCUUCUGUUCCACUGGCUCACAUGGUUGAUGAUGUGGUGAAGAAGCUUCUCUCACUGGAGCUUGCAAAUCAUAGUGAAAGACUGCGCCUGAAAGAGGAACAGCUGAUUGCAAAGGUCCAGAGGCAUGAAAAUGAUCGAAACUCAACAGAGGUCAAGGUGGCCAUUUUGACAGCACGAAUACGCAACUUUCAGGAGCAUUUGCAGAAGCAUCCUAAGGACAAAGCUAACAAAAGGUGGAUGCUGAUGAGCAUUGACCGCAGGAAGAAAUUGCUCAAAUACCUGAGGAGGUCACGAUACGAUGCCUUUGAGAAGGUCUGUGCAGAGCUAGGGAUCACAUACGUCUUCCCUCCAGAGUACUACAGACGGGCAACCCGUCGCUGGCUUGCAAAAAAGGCCCUCUGCAUCAAGGUCUUCAAAGAGGUCCAGAAGCAAAAGGCAGAGAAGAGAAAUAAAGCUCUUGCUCAGAAGUCAGCUAGGAACACAAGCUCUAACCCUACAGAAACCCUGGGGACUCCAGUAUAAUAAAAUCCACCAUAACAAAUAUUAUUACACAGUAAUAUCAUGCGACAUAACCAAAAUUAAUCAAACUGGCAGAGAAAUGGAUACUGAAGCUUCUGACAUCUGUUGUUUUCUGUUGAAAAUAUUUUUGAUGCUUUGCCAAAUCUGAUGUGUUCUUUAUUUGUGUUGCUUUAUGAUAAACAUUAAUAAACAUGGGAAACGUA